AUGAUGUCAGAAGUUAUUCGUAUGCUGCAAGAAGGCGUCUCACCCCUAGAAUUGGACAAACUCACAAAACAAUUCGGAUUCCCCGUUGGAGCAGCAACAUUGGCCGAUGAGGUAGGAUUAGAUGUAUCCGCACAUGUUGCACAAUUCCUUGGCCAAGCACUAGGGCCACGAGUUCGUGGUGGGUCUGCUGAUUUGCUGACUGACAUGAUCAACGCCGGAUUCAAGGGCAAAAAGACAAACAAAGGUAUCUAUGUUUACUCAGACAAAGAUCAACAAAUACGUCUGGCUUCUCGUUUCGUCAACGAGGCUUUGCUCUGCCUAGAAGAAGGUGUCAUUGCCAGCCCGAGUGAUGGAGAUAUUGCGUCGGUAUUCGGCGUUGGUUUCCCACCAUUCUGGGGUGGACCAUUCCGUUUUGUCGAUCUGUAUGGUGCACAGAAGCUGGUCACUGCCAUGGAGAAAUUGGCGGCCUGCCUAUUCUAUGCCGAGCAGGGUGAGUAUUUUUGCGUGUUCAGAAGAACAGAAAAGCGACUCUCGCUUAUUCUUCUUGUGAUGAUCACUAGGUUGUUUGCUCCAUGCCAACUUCUCAAGGAUCACGCCAAGAGCGGAAAGAAGUUCUAUCAGUAA